AUGUCUCAGGAUAAAACGAAGGGUACAAUGAGUUCAACGAACUCUCCGCAAAUGAUUAAUCACAAAACCAAAAAAGCUAUGGAAUCUAUAGCCCCGAUUUUGGAAGGUUUUAGUCCCAAAACUUCAGCCAGUGAAAAUACUUCCUUGAAAUUGCCACCACCUGGAUUGCCCGUCGAGACACAUAGCGAAGAAGAGCAUGGAGAAUUGGCCUUGGAUCGCACUUUAAGUCGAAGCUCUCAGUUGUCGUCUGUGUCGUCCAGACCUGGAUUAUCACCCACCAACUCUUGCGAAAACGUCGCAGGUCCAGCAAAACUGCAGAGGCUGAAAAGUAACUCUGGAUUAGGUACAAAUGUCUCCAAUGCUUCUCAGUAUCAAGAACAGAACUGUGCAUUGGAUUCUGCGAUUGAUACGACGGCUGAUGUGAACAACAGCUCGACUGCGAGUUCUGCGGGCUCUUCUCGAAAAGCGUCUUCGAGCUCGCACAAACCGCAACUCCCCAAGAUCGGGAAAAUCGGUGUAUGUGCAAUGGACGCCAAAGUGCUGUCCAAGCCCUGUAGACACAUUUUGAACCGAUUAAUCGAGCAAGGAGAAUUUGAAACCAUAAUUUUCGGCGAUAAGGUAAUUUUGGAUGAAAAUAAUGAGAAUUGGCCCACUUGCGACUUUCUCAUUAGUUUCUUCUCUUCUGGGUUCCCACUAAACAAAGCUAUCGACUAUGUGAAUUUGCGCAAACCGUUUAUUAUCAACGAUCUGGUUAUGCAAAAAGUGUUAUGGGACCGUAGGCUUUGUCUUCAGUUACUCGAUGUCGCUGGCGUUCCUACACCGUCUCGGUUGGAGAUUAGCAGGGAUGGAGGUCCUAGAGUUGACGCGGCUUUGAAGCAAAAGCUCCUCGAACGUGGCGUCGACGUUAAGCCAAUUAAGGAGCCUAAAUGGCGCAUGAUCGAUGACGACACUCUUGAAGUCCAGGGCAAGAUCAUGAAAAAGCCAUACGUCGAAAAGCCCGUAGAUGGCGAAGAUCAUAACGUUUACAUUUACUAUCACUCCAAAAAUGGUGGUGGUGGUCGCAGACUUUUCAGAAAAGUCGGUAACAAGUCCUCUGAAUUUGAUCCUACUUUAAAUGGCCCCAGAACCGAAGGUUCUUAUAUCUACGAGGAGUUCAUGGACACGGAUAAUUUCGAGGAUGUCAAGGCGUACACUGUCGGCGAAGGCUUUUGCCAUGCUGAAACUCGCAAAUCACCUGUGGUGGACGGUAUUGUGCGUAGGAACACUCAUGGUAAAGAGAUUAGAUAUAUUACUGAACUAUCCACAGAGGAGAAAGAAAUCGCACGCAAAGUUUUCCAAGCGUUUUCGCAGAUGAUUUGUGGUUUCGACUUAUUGAGAGUGAACGGGAAAAGCUAUGUUAUAGACGUUAAUGGCUUCUCUUUUGUCAAGGACAACUCUUCAUAUUACGAUGCAUGUGCAAAGAUAUUGAGGGACACGUUCGCGCUGGCUAAAAAGAAAAUGGAUCUUGAGAAACGUAAUCUGCCUGUCAUUACCGAGGAGAAGAGACAGAAAUGGGUUUUCAAGGGUUUAGUAACAGUGAUUCGUCAUGCCGACAGGACGCCUAAGCAAAAAUUCAAACAUUCUUUCAGGUCGCCAAUUUUCAUUUCUUUGCUAAAGGGACACAAGGAAGAGGUGGUCAUUAGAAACAGCUCAGAUUUGCAAAUUGUUUUACAGGCUUUGAGGAUUGCCCAAGAAGAGAGUGAAGAGGAUCCCUUCAAAUUGGAUGUUUUGGCAAACGCACUCGAGAAAAAACUUAAUCUACCUGGUACAAAGAUUCAAUUGAAGCCCGUUCUCAACGCUGAGAAAGAGGUCGAAAAAGUGCAAUUUAUCCUUAAGUGGGGCGGUGAACCAACUCAUUCGGCUCGCUAUCAGGCAACAGAAUUGGGUGAGCAAAUGAGACAAGAUUUUGACCUCUUGAACAAGGGCAUUUUACAAAAUAUUCGCAUAUUCUCUUCCUCAGAGCGCAGAGUCUUGGCCUCUGCUCAGAUUUGGGCGAUGGCGUUGUUUGGCGCGGACGAAAUAGGAAGCGACGAAAUUCGCAUCAGGAAAGAUUUGCUGGACGAUAGCAACGCGGCCAAGGAUUUGAUGGACAAAAUCAAAAAAGAACUUAAGCCGCUUCUCAGAGAGGGCAAAGAGGCACCUCCACAAUUUGCUUGGCCACCCAAAAUGCCCGAACCGUAUUUUGUCAUCAAGCGUGUGGUUGAGCUUAUGAAAUAUCACAAAAAACUGAUGGAUUUCAACUUUAAAACUAAAAAUGUCGAGGAGUUGCAGCGUCGUUGGUGUUGCUCUGAAGAUCCUAUGCUUUUUAAAGAAAGAUGGGAAAAGCUCUUUAAAGAAUUUGUGAGCGUAGAGAAAGUCGAUCCAUCAAAGAUUUCAGAACUAUAUGACACAAUGAAAUACGAUGCCCUUCACAAUCGGCAAUUCUUGGAGAACAUCUUUUCGCCUAGUGUCGAUACUCAGAGCGAAAAUGUCAAUCUUUGCAAGAACUCGCUGGUCGAUCGCUACCCAAUUAACAUUUUGGCCAUGAACAACUUCAAGAUUCCAGAUUCAAGCUCAGGGACCAGUACGACGGGUUCGUCAAGUAAGGCAAGCAGCGUAGGAUCUUUGGGUUGGGUCUUAGAGGGCAGCUCUCAAACGAAAAACAGCACCUCCAAGUUUGGUGAUCCCAAAUUUAUGCAGCUUAGAGAGCUCUACAAGCUCUCUAAGGUGCUGUUUGAUUUCAUCUGCCCGCAGGAGUAUGGUAUCGAGGACGGCGAAAAAUUGGACAUCGGCCUACUGACAUCUCUUCCUCUGGCGAAACAAAUUCUCAAUGACAUCGAUGACAUGAAAACCAAGGACACGCCUGGAUGUGUGGCGUAUUUCACCAAGGAAUCACAUAUUUACACUCUGUUGAAUAUCAUCUACGAAAGUGGACUGCCAAUGAGAAUCGCAAGAAAUGCGUUGCCCGAGCUAGAUUACCUCUCGCAGAUUAAUUUCGAAUUCUACGAAAGCACCGACAAUACCGGCCAGAAAUCACACGCUAUCAGAUUGAAGAUGUCUCCCGGAUGCCAUACCCAGGAUCCUCUGGACGUGCAGCUUGACGAGAAACAUUACAUCAGCUGCAUCCCGAAGAUCUCCCUGACAAAACAUUUAGAUCUGGAUUAUGUGACCCAAAAAUUGCGGAACAAGUUUAGUAGAGUAGUGUUACCUCGCAAGUUCACUCCCGUGAACAUUACAAGCCCAAACUUGUCCUACAGCAAGCCCGCUGAAUGUCCACCGCCAUCCCCAACGGAGAAGUUUUAG